AUGUCAAAAAAGACGUACGAAAAUGUCCUCGAUUUCUGGUUCGGAGCCAAGUCCUCAUCCACCUACUUGAAACAAAAGUCAUUCUGGUAUGGCGGCCCAUCGGAUGAUGCGUAUGUGCGAAAGCAUCUGGGCGAGACAUACCAAGCCGCAAAAAAUGGCGAACUCGACACAUGGACCCGCGCUGGUAAUGGAGAUGGAGCAUUAGCUCUAAUUUUGCUCCUUGAUCAAGUUCCUCGCAACAUCUUUCCCAAUACGCCACAGGCAUAUAGAACCGAUGCAAAGGCAGUUUCUGUUGCACGGUUUGCAAUGGGUCAAGGCUGGGAUAAAGGCCUCCCGAAUAUAAAGAAGCGUUAUAUGUAUUCGCCUUUCAACCAUUCUGAAGAUUUAAAGGAUCAGGAGAUGUCAGUGAAGCUCUUUACGGAAAUGGGCGAUGCCUAUCAUAUCAGUUUUGCAGAGAACUAUUAUGAGCAGAUCAAAAGGAAUGGGCGCUUUAUGCAUCGUGAUUCUAUUUUGAAGCGGUCAUAG